AUGUGCUCACUUGCUCGCCCAGUCGCACAGCCUCUCGACUCUUGGACCUUGAUUCUUGGACCUUGGUGCCAACACCUCGACAAACAUAUCGUGCCUUGACACCCUCGCUACAUAUCAGAGACGCAGCCGCCUUGCAUUGAUAUCUGGACUUCGACGUAAACUCUGACUACUCUGGAUUGACAAAUAUCAAAUCAUCGUCAUCGGUCCUUGUUGCAAACACAAUAAAACAUACCCACCAAUUGUUCCAGGAAGACAUCACAUCGACGCCGACAUGAGUAAGGGAUUUGAACGUGAUCACCUCCGGAUCUUACUGGACGGCGAAACGGCUCAGCAAACAGAUCAACCAACACAUUACUUCACACCUGGGCAGCUGAUCAAAGGCACGGCUACCUAUUCACCUUCAUCAGAAGUCAAAGUCGAUGUCAUGACCGUCGUCUUUAAAGCGACUCUAUACAUUGGUCUGAAAGAUAACGGUCAAGCCUCAUAUGGAUGCGUCCGCACUCAAAACCAAAACCUCUUCCGCUAUGAAAAGCUCAUCUUCCAAGGACCGCAUAAGCUAUCACCCCGAACUCAUGAAUGGCCAUUUGAGUUCGAAUUGCCAGGAUCGAUAAAAGUGCCUUUUGCAACAGGUCCUCAAGCAAUUCCUCCAACUUGGGAUGUGUUGCCAUCUGUCAGAGUGAUAUAUUCACUACGACUAAGUGUAAACCCAAACUCGAGGACUCGCUACAUGGAUCUUGAGCGUCCCAUCAAUGUCUGGCCUUUCCAACACAUAGAGCUGCCACUUCCAACAUACGCAACCCAACCGCUUAUCGAUUCGACCCAAACUCCUGGCCCCAAAUCAGCACUCACCAGACGACGCUCCUCUGCGGUCAACACCAAUACACCAAACCUCAAUGUCAGCAUAAGCAUCCCCAGCGCUCUAGGAGCAUGGCAGAACUUCUCCGUCCAACUCCUCUGCAACGGCACCUCCGACGCAGAAUACACCCUCAACACCUGCGAACUAGCACUAAAAGCACACGCAACCUACGGCGCAACAGAAACACCCACACCUACACCACCACCCCGCCGUCCCUCUAACACCGAAAUCCUCCGCCGCAUCUCCAGCACAGAUAUCAUGUCACGCCGUCGUUCCAACACCGAAACCGCAAGACGCACUUCCAACGCCGAAGCCCCUGCACCCGCACCAAAAGAACUUUUCCAAAUCUGCAAAUUCAAACUGUUGGGUAGAGGAUUACAGAUUCCACUGGACAAUACGCAUAUAACCAUCAAACGAGACAUGCGACUCAUCGACAUGACAAGAGGCGACGCUUCCAUCUUGGCACCUACAUUUGGAAUCAGUCAUUUCAGAUUAAACUAUAUCAUGGACGUAUGCGUGCAGAUGACUGAUGCAAAGACUGGGGCUGUUAUUGAGAGGAGGGGAGAAGUGCCGUUGGAGAUCUUGCCUGGUGGGUUGGUGGAGGAAGGGAGGGAUGAUGAUGCGCCGCCUGCUUUCCAUGAGGUUGCUAGUCCGCCUGGUUAUGAAGAGGGAGUUGGCGAGGCAGGGAUUUGGGAGGGUUUGUAUAGGAGUCCGGCGUAUACGGUUACUGCUUAGUGGUAGUGAGGAU